AACCAGGAGAAGCCAAACUUAGUCAUCCCUGUGGAAUCGCGAAGAGCGCCCGGCCAGCGGCGGGACUGCACGCGCUGCUCAUGGCUCUGUACGAGCUCUUCUCUCACCCCGCCGAGCGCGGCUACCGCGCGGGGCUCUGCUCCAAAGCCGCGUUGUUCCUGCUGCUGGCCGCCGCCCUCACCUACAUCCCGCCGCUGCUGGUGGCCUACCGGAGCCACGGGUUUUGGCUGAAGCGGAGCAGCUACGAGGAGCAGCCGACCGUGCGCUUCCAGCACCAGGUGCUCCUCGUGGCCCUGCUGGGGCCGGAGCACGGCGRGUUCCUGGCCUGGAGCACGUUCCCCGCCUUCAACCGGCUGCAGGGGGAUCACCUGCGCGUCCCGCUCGUUUCGUCUAGAGAAGAAGACAGGAACCAGGAUGGGAAAAUGGACAUGUUACACUUUAAGCUGGAGCUUCCUCUGCAGCCCACAGAGCACGUGCUUGGUGUGCAGCUCAUCUUGACCUUCUCCUACCAAUUGCACAGGAUGUCAACCUUUGUGAUGCAGAGCAUGGCAUUUCUCCAGUCUUCCUUUGCUGUUCCUGGGUCCCAGCUGUAUGUCAAUGGAGACCUAAGGUUGCAGCAGAAGCAGCCGCUAGGCUACMGUGGCCUAGAUGUCCGAUAUAAUGUGUCUGUGAUCAAUGGGACCAGCCCUUUUGCCUACGACUAUGACCUAACCCACAUUGUUGCUGCCUACCAGGAAAGGAAUGUUACCACCGUCCUGAAUGACGCCAACCCCAUCUGGCUGGUGGGCAGGGCCGCAGAAGCUCCAUUUGUGAUUAAUGCUGUCAUCCGAUACCCUGUGGAAGUCAUUUCUUACCAGCCAGGAUUCUGGGAGAUGGUGAAGUUUGCCUGGGUCCAGUAUGUCAGCAUCUUGCUCAUCUUCCUCUGGGUGUUCAAGAGAAUCAAAAUAUUUGUGUUUCAGAAUCAAGUGGUGACUACAAUCCCUGUAACGGCCAUGCCCCCGGGAGAAGUCUAUAAGGAGCACUUAUCCUAAGAAGACCUUUCUGAAGACUCCGCAGGACCGAGGCUACCUCACUGUUGUCUUCUGAGAACUGCCGUGUUACCACAUUUCUGAAAACAGUGCAGUGGACACGUGAAGGCUUACACAAGAGUUUGUCCCCUCAGAGACAGAAGACGGUUCUUUCCAAUCUUGCUCUACACAAAUCCCAUAUUUUCUUAAGCACCAACAAAAUUGUCAGGGACUAGUUUGUGGGAAGGUCAGAAGGUUCCCCGAGGCUAUCAUUCAUUUUUGUUUUUGUUUUUAGCCUUACCCAUAGGAGAAAAUCACGGUUCUGACAUCUUGGAAAGAGUCCCAUCUCUGG